AUGACGUCUUUAAAAGUCCACCUGGUGUUGUCAACUGCACUAGCAUUGCUGCCAUUUAUACUACCGUUGCCGUCGACAACAGUCGCUGUGAAAUUCUUUUUGAGCGUUUUCACAGCGGUCCUGACUUGCUCCGUGCUCUCAAACCUUCCAAGGGGGCGUUUACCUAUCGCUAACAAGGCCGUGUUAGUGACUGGCUGUGACUCGGGUUUUGGUCUCGCUGCAGCUCAAUACCUGCAUUCUUUGGGAUAUUUAGUGUUUGCAGGGUGUCUGUUCAAAGAUAAGGGAGGUGAAGGGGCCAGUAAACUGAUGCGAAUUGAUCCAACAAGACUCAAAGUCCUCCAGCUGGACGUAGCAUCGGAAGUUCAAGUCAGGGAAGCUGUACACUUUGUGAAGCAACACUUGAUCGAUAAAAAUAAAGGAUUAUGGGGGCUGGUGAAUAACGCAGGUGUGUCAUUUGUAGGUGAGAUUGAGUGGUGUACUGUUGAGAAAUACAAAUGGGUGUGCGAAGUCAACUUGUUUGGUAUGAUUCGUGUAACCAAAGCAUUCUUACCGCUCAUCAGGAAAGCCAGAGGUCGGAUCGUGAAUAUGUCAUCAGGUAUUUCGAGACAAGCCAUUCCAACCAGAUCAGUGUAUUGUGUAUCCAAAUUCGCUGUACAGGGAUUCUCCGAUUGUCUGCGAUACGAAAUGGUGCACUGGGGUGUAAAAGUCAGCAUCGUUGAACCAGGCAAUUUCAUCGCAGCCACUGGAAUCUUCAACGAUGACAUCAUCGAUGGAUAUGCCAAGGAAUUGUGGGAAGGGAUGUCAGAAGAAGUGAGGAAAGAUUAUGGGAAAAGGUACUUUGAUGAUUCUAUCGCGACCAUGCGGACAUACUCUUCAUCCGGGGUACCGACCAUGAAACCUGUGAUUGACGCUUACGUAGACGCGUUGGUAUCCAAGCGACCAAAAAUCAGAUAUUAUGCCAUGCCUUUGUAUUGGCAAGUAAGAAGACUAGUCUUCACGCAUCUCCCAGAAUGCAUUGCGGAUGCAAUUUACCACGGUAUAUACUAUUCCUGA